AUGUGAUAGAAGAGCAAGAAACCAUAUUGUUUCGACACACAGAAAGAUAUUCAUGGACUCGCACAACCAAAAACGUUGAAGAAGGAAUUGACCGUGGAAAUGAAAGUGACUUGGAAGAACAACAAAAAGAAACGUUGUUUACCCACGCUGUCCCACUUCAGUGACCUUCCCUUCGAGCAUAACGACCAACCCCAUUCAGAAGAUGGCGCGCGUGUUCCCGAUCCUGACCAAUCUCGCGCAGCACAAUUGGCGCAUGAAUUUCAAGCUCAAGGAGAUAAGCUGGCAGUGGAUGGGAAGUACCAGGAAGCACUAAGUAAAUGGGAGGCUGCUCUUGCGUUGGCACCUGAUGUUCCAAUUUUGCAUGAACAAAAAGCCCAAGUUUUACUAGAAAUUGGAGACACUUGGAAUGCUUUAAAGGCUGCAACUCGAGCGACUGAAUUGGACAGAUCAUGGGCUGAGGCUUGGGUCACACUAGGCAGAACACAACUGAAUUUUGGUGAGCCUGAUAAUGCUAUUGAAAGCUUUGACCGAGCUUUAGCUCUCAAGCCUGAUUACGAGGAAGCUAAAGAAGAUAGGAAAACCUCUUUACAUCUUGUAAAGAAGAGAAGGCAACUUCAUUCAUCUGGCUUGAGUGACACUCAAAAUCGUUAUGUUGUGGGUGAAAAGGAUGAAAGCCACCAGUGAAGGGAUAUAAAAUUGAAUAUUUAAUGUGAUAUUUGGUUAUUCUAGUUGCUGUAGAUAUAGCAAAUUUCAGUCUGUAUACUUUUCAGUAGCUCAAUGCUCAAAAAAAGUUCAUUAGGGGGUAAAGGUGGCACAAUAGUUAUGUUGAUAGUGUAAUGAUGGUUGUUUCAUAUACUAAUUUCAAAAUGGUUGAAAUUCAA